AUGGCCGAUACCCCUGCCUCCUUGCAAACAGGCUGGCGGAUAUCCAAAGCCUGCCAAGAGUGCAGGAAGAGGAAGAUCAAGUGCAAUGGCAGCAAUCCAUGCAAAACCUGUCACCUCCGCAAUACUCCUUGUGUUUAUCGUGAUGUGAUCAGACAGCGCAAGAAAAAGCACCAAUUGAAUCGGGAUAGCGAUUCCAUUGAGUCAGAAGUGACUGCGCGCUCUGGUUAUGGGGCGGGCCAGCGAUCGCCCGGCCUACCGCCGCGCCGAAACCCAUCAAAUAACUAUACUAUCAACAACAGUGUGUCAGCGACACAUGUGGAAUCUCCGUCCUGCAAGGUCCAGCUGUACUAUGGUUCAACGUCGCACUUUGCUAUCAUGCAUGAAAUAUACCGGGGUCUAGUGUCCAGCCAGACCCCGGGCUUGGAGACGCCUCAUGGCGAGGUCGAAGAGGCUAGAGCUAGUCUUGAUAUGUUCAGUUUCCGUCGAAUCUUCUUCGGAACACCAGAUGAGCCAAAGGAGUCCAUAAACGGCCGCGGUUCAAUGGAUAUGCCGGUCAUGUUCUUGCCUCGUGAGCUGGCUAAUGUGUUUCUGCGGCGGUUCCUGUCAACAUUAUACACCUUGGUUCCAUUUCGCUCUAAAGAGUCACUCGAACAACAAUUGGAGAAUCUCUACAACCCAGUGCCUGGGGCUCGCUCUGAAACCUGGGGGCAGUGUAUGCUUCUGUUAGCGUUGGCUAUAGGAGCUCUCGGCACGGAACAUUAUCGCUGGGGCGAUGUGCUGUAUGAUCGUGUGAAAGCAACUUGCGGUCCGUUAGAUGACAUUCACGCCCACUACCAGAGCGAGCAGGGAAGACCGAACUCAAGCUUUCUUCACUUGGGUGCUGCGUCACGAAAGGCGCUGUCAGCUGGACUGCACAAGGAAGCUCCAAACCAAGGCGGAGAGUCCACAGACAAUGUGCAAGAGAGGCGGCUAACAUUCUGGGCUCUGUAUUUUUACGAAACUUGGUUCUGUUUUCACCUGGGACGCCCAUGCUCGCUUUCGUUAAGGGACGUCGGCAUCGAAAUGCCAGAGAACCCUUUCCUGUGUGCUUUGACAUACGUAUGUAAAAAGAUCGCCCGACUAGCCGACGAGAUAUUCGGCCAUCACCAUGACUCGCUGUUGCAAAUGUGGAGACUUGCCAGGUCUAUCACAGACGACUAUCGGCCAUAUGAGAUGAAGAUGCAACAGGCUAUUGGUGUUAACCUGGAUACAUGUCCCCAACCGGGUUCUCUUGGCGUGCAGCAGACGAUACUGACAACGAUUUACUACCACACGAUUCUCUUGACCUUCCGUCCGUUCCUGAUCUUCCGUGGCCGGUGGCAGGAAGACAUGAAGGAUCCUUCUCAACGUGGGGGCAAUCGCCCAACUGAAGUCCCUGCAUGGCUUAAUGAGGCUUGCAACAAAGCCCUCGGAGCCUCCUGCAAAACCAUACAAUUUUUAAGUGAAGCCGCUAUGGCUAACGAGCUUGUCCGAGAGCUCCGUUAUCACGGCUACUUUCUAGGAAGUGCCUCUUUCGCCAUCAUAUACGACUUGAUGCAUGGGAAAGACCUUGCCCCUACACACCUUCCCUGGAUUUACGCUGCUCUCCAGAGUCUGUCCACCAUGCGGGAAGGCGAUCCGAUUAAAAGCACAAUAACGGCUAUUCAAACUGUCCUGAAGAAACUGAAUCCCGCUUACGAGUGGAUCCCUCCAAAGGGAUUCAGUAAUACCCUGGACCAGCAACCCACUACUGCCGCGCAGCCAUACUCUACGAAUAUUCCAAAUCCCCAAACUCAAAACAUGCCCGAAUCGUCUUUACCGGGACUACCACUACAACCUUUUCAAACCAGUAAUGGGCUACCCAUAUUAUCAGAGUUUCAGAAUAAUUCGUUACAGGCCGCGCUCAACCCGCCCAGCGGGAGUCUGGGUAGCAGCGAGGAUCUUUUAGACCUUACCCUGUCAGAUAUGGGAUGGGACUUUGACUUUUCCACCAUGGAUCUGGAGACUUUCUUUUCGAUAUAUCCCAAUGUGGACACGCCGACUGGGUGA